GCAAGCUGUAGUGGUCAAGUUAAGAUAAAAGACCAUGUCUAACGUGAACAACAUGACUGAUAAHCUCCAAGCACAGCUCAAAGUUGCCGAAAAUGCUUUCGAGAGAAGCGACGACUACCAUUUCAUAAGGCCUAUUUACACUGUUGAGUCCGUUGAGUACCUCCUCAAAGARGUUGGAGCUCUUUCUAGUGGCCGCAAUGCUAUUACCAUACUUGAGCUAGGUUGCGGAACAGGAUUGUUCACGAAGACUGCAACGGGUGUUUUGGAAGAGGCAACGAAUGUGAGGUACAUUGCAUCAGACCCGACUGACAGCAUGAGGACGACAUUUGCUAAGAGUUUGCCGGAUGUUGAAAUGCUGUCUUGUAGUGCAGAAAACAUUCCAUUACCUGACAGUAGUGUAAGUGCAAUMCUAGCAGCAGCCAGCUAUCACUGGUUUGCGAAUCAACAAGCUUAUCGCGAGAUGUAUCGUGUAUUAGAGCCCAAUGGSAUGUUAGGAUUUAUAACAAACCUCCCAAGCGAGAUAGAUAGCCCACAAUGGAUGCUCGAUGCCUACAAACUUGUGCACCAGGCUUACGAGAAGACCCAAGUGCCUUUCGAACAUGAUUGGAAGUGGAAAAAAGUGUUAGAAAAUUCAGGAUAUUUUUGUAAAGUUAAAAGUCACUUGCAGUUUAAAAAUUUUCAAAAGCUCACCCAAUCUCAAUGUGUCAAGCAUUUCCUCUCGUAUGGAGGAGUAAUUACAGCAAGUAAUGAUGAUAAAGACGCAUUUGAAAAGCAGUUUCAUGAUAUUCUUAAUAAAAAUUUUUCCAAUAAUGGCAAAGAAUUUGACGGUGUAAACCACACUGUUGAAAUAUAUACCAGCAAAUCAAAGAAAACAAUGAUGGAAUGAGGUAGAAAAAAACACUGAACUUGUAUACUCUUUUGUAUCGUUUUGGGAUGACUUGUAAGACUUGUAACGUUUAUAAUAUUCAUCAAAUAAAUGUUUUUACCGUGCCCAGGCUGAAGGUCGACGGCACG